AUGUUUUUACGUUAUCAUGUGUUUAAACGUCUAGGACAAAAUCUUUUCGGUAAUACUCAAUAUGUUCGUCAACAAUUAACAACUUCUUCAGCAGCAAAAGUCGCGCAGUCGGAUAAAGCUGAUGCCGAAGACAUCUUUCUGACUUUGACCACCGAUUAUAAUCGAACUCGUCUCGUACAAUCAGAUUUAUUAUCAGAAGCAAUAAAAAAUAUCAAUAGUUCGAUGUCAGAAAGAUUGAGUCUGUUAUUAUUAAAUGCAGCCGCUCGAUCUGUACACAAUGUAUCAUCACAAAAAAGAAUUAAAUUAUUGGAAGAAGCAUGGUCAGCUCUCAAAAAAAACAAUGUUCGGUUGACAAGCAGACAUUAUGAGACUUAUCUAAGUGGAUUAAAUGAAAAUGGUCACAUAUUUGAUCCUGACUAUUAUCUAAAGUUAAUUGAUUCUCAACAAAUACAAGCAACACCGAGAAUAUACAGUUUAUUAUUGACACAAUUCUGUCGAGAGGGUAAUACGGAUCGUGCACAAAAUUUUCUAAAAAUGUUGAAGGAGAAAAAUAUCAGCGUGGAUGAAGAUAUUUUUGCUGCACUUUGCGUAUGUCAAUUGAAACGUGGCAAUGAUAAUGGUGCUCAAGAAAUAAUUCAGAUAAUGAAUGAACGUGGUUUGAAAUCAACAAUUUCUACUUAUAAAGAAAUAUUUAUUUGUUUAAUUAGUGAACAUAGAUUAGAACAAUUUCAAUCUUAUUACCAACAAAUUGAAGAUCAACAUGAACGACAGUCUCAAUCUAUUGCCAAUGACGAAAAUAAAGAAUUACAACAAACAAAUAAACAUGGAUCAUCAUCAUCAGUUUAUUUAGAUGCAAAAUUUGUUUUAUCUUUACUUAAUCAAUGUAUAUUGUAUAAAGAACGUCCAAUAUUCGAUUAUUUAUUUGAAAAGUUAAAACGUAUGAAUCAUGCAAAUAUUCCACACAAUAUUCUAAAUUUAUCAAUACAAUGUUUAUCAAAUAAUUGGCAUAAAUCGGCCAUUGAAUUACUACAGUUACAAUCUGAUGUAGAAGCACCACAAGAUGAUUUACCUUAUAUGCCAAUUAAUGAUAGGAUAUGGGUUCUUUUUUUCAAACGAGUAUUUGAAACUCAUGAACCAAAAAUGAUCGAUCUGUAUAUGAAAUUAAUGAUGCAAAAAAGUCUGAAACCAUUAGAUACUAUUUUGUUUGCCUAUUAUCAAACGAAUGCAAGUAAAAAUAUGGAUUUUAGACAAGCGAUCACAUUUCUUCUACGUGGUGAAGAACUACAACAUCCUAUGCGUACAAAUUAUUUCUAUCCACUGAUGUUAGAUUCUUAUUAUCGGAAUAAAGAUAAAUGGACAGAUGCUGAACGUUUAGAAUUAUUUAGUUUAAUUGAUCGACAACAAAUACCUAUUGAAGGCACCACCUACUCAUAUCAUAUAAAAGAACAUUUUCAUUCAUUUUAUAAUAAUGAUUUUAAACAUUUAUUAACAACAUUAAAUAAUAAUAAUUUGGAAUAUAUUUUGAAUAAACUAUGUCGAUUUUUAAUUAAUGAUAUUCAACAAAGUAUGAAACAAUUACAUGUUCUUGAACAAGUAGCACCGUUUUUUAAACUUAAUAUUCAAGCGAGAAGAGAAGAAUUUGCCAGAGUGAUCUACCAGUUAUUACAAACAAAACCAAAAUUGUUACCAUUCGAAUCUACUUCCGUUGAAUCAUCGCCACCGUCUUCAGCAAUCACAACAUCUGAUACGACUUUAUCUCCCAUAUUUUCUUCUAUCAAUACCAUCUGUGAACAAUUAUCUGAUAAUUUAACACUGAAACGUGAUUUAUAUGCACUGUUAUUGCAAUUAGCCACCCAAGAUAGCCGUGAUGAUUUGUGUUCGUUAAUUGCGAAUGAAUGUAUUAAAAACAAUGUUAAAUUCGGUGGUAAUGUAAACGAAAUUGAUUCAAUGACGCGGUACACUCUUCCAAGAGAUAUUCUCGAACAAUUGACUCGUUAUAAACAAGGUGAAAAAACAUGGAAACAAAAAUUAAAUUCAUUGAAUUUAGAAACAGUUACACAAGAAGAACUGGAACAAAUUUAUGCAGAAGCUAAACAAGAUGGUAGACAUCCACUAUUAAUUCAAGAACAAUUGAUCGAUAUUUAUACCGCGCGUUCACAUAUACAUGAAGCAUUCGCAAUUCUAAAUGAAGUUGUGUCAACAAAAUAUGUACCAAGUGAAAAAGUUUUAAAACAAUUAUUUCAUUUAAUUACAAACAAGAUGGUGUCUCAAUCAGUACAAGUUAAACCAAAAAUUUAUCUAGACUAUCUAAAGCUUUUGUGCGAUUUAUAUGAACGACAUUUUGGCAUAGAUCAUCUGACCCCAAAUUUAACAUUUCGUAUUGCUCAUACAUUUAUGUUAGCAAAUGAUGAAGAAAAUGCGUUGAAAAUCAUAAAGAAUAAAUUAUCGAUGAGUGGGAUGGAUAAUGAACUAUUUGAACACGUGAUAAAAUUUCUUAAAGUAGACAAAUCAUGGUUAUCGACGGAUGCACUAAAGUCAAUUGGGCAACAUUUUCUACAGUAUCGAGUUAGCGACGAGCUAACAAUAUUUUGGAAUUUAUACUAUGAUAUCAUGCUGGAAAAGUCCACUACAAAAGACUUGGUCAAACUUUAUUCGGAAUCAGUACAACAUAACAGUAAUUUACCCUACACAUAUUUAUUUGAAUUAUUCAUUAACAAAAAUGAUAUGGAAAUAUUACAAGAAAUUGUUGAUUUAGCUACUGUGCAACAUGGUUCACAAAAUGUUUUACAUGAUCUGGGUUUAGUAUUAAUUAAGUGUGAAAAACUGAAGCAAGCAGAUAAAAUAUUUCAAACACCAUGGCUAAAAGCAAAAAAUGGACGAAUUGAAGUACAUGUUAGAAAAUUCAUGGAUCAAAACAAUCUCAGUGCAUUAAUAAACACGAUUGAAUUAACAAAAAAUUUGAGUGAUAUUCAACAGAGUCAUACCUAUACGACAGCUUUGAGAGUGGCAUUCAGACAAAAUCAAUAUGAGAUAGCUGAUAAUCUCAUUCAACAAAUAGAAGAAAACAAUAUACCCAUUUAUCCGAAAGUAAAAAAAUAUGUUGAUGCAUAUCGAAAAGCCAACGGUUUGUCACCAUUGACUAUUGGAGAGCAACAACAAUUACCCAGUGAUGUGGAAGAAAAUGAUGACAUGUCUAUAUCGGAAUCAGAACAUGAAAAGCCGUUAGAAAUGAAUGCACGUAUGGUUGGCUGA